AAUUAUAAUUGAAAAUAUAUUUAUUUUUCUGAAGGUCAAAAUGAAAUUCCUACUGCUGACACUCUUUGUGGCGUUUGUUGCCUCCGCCCCUGUGGAAGAUGCUGGAAACCCGGUGGAAGUCGUUGUAAAUGGAUUGCCUGAAGGACAAGCUCUUGAUAUCGGAGACAUCGUUGAUAUCAAGCUGAAAGAACAUGUAGACGGCCAAGUAGCCGCUUCUACUGACUUGCUUCAUCCAUUCAGCGCCGCUGGCAUCGCUGAAGCUGUCGCUGCAGCUGAAGUUGAAGCCCACCCUGUACAAGUUGUAGAAAACGCAGAAAACGAAGUUGACCCCGUCCAAGUCAUAGAAACAGAAGUUGAACCAAUCCAGACUUUGCCGAUCGUAAUCGAAAAUGAAGUCGCCCCAUCUCCUAUUGUCGUACCUUUGCCUAUUGCUCCUGAAGUCGUUCCUGGUCCAGAGACUUCACCGGUUUUGCCUGAAGUAGCCCCUGAACCUAUCAUACUUCCUGAGGCACCCGUAGCCCCUGAGGUUGUUCCAUCCCCAAUCGUUCUUCCUGAAUUAGUCGCGCCCGAAGUUGUACCUUCCCCAGUAGUAAUCCCCGAACCCGUCGUCCCUGAAGUGCCUGAUAUCUCAGAAUCCCUACCAGCGCCUGCGCAACAAUUUGGUGAAAUUUACAAUGAUGGCGCAGUCCAAGUAACCGUCAACGGGCCCGAAGACGCAGGAAUUAUGUCCACUCUGCAAUCUUGGCUUAACGUAGUCAUGAACUACUUCAACAACGGAGCCCAGACCACUCAGCAAAUUGUUUAAGAUGAGACGAAGAUGUUUUUAAAAAUAUAGGUCGUUUUGAUAUAUUACGUUAUUAUUCGCAAUCAUGAACUUUACUUUCAAUAUAAAUAUUACUGAGACCUACAAUGCACGUUUUAUUUUAACGUUGUAGUAACAACCAUUUUUUUUUGCAAAACACAGAUUAUAAGGCUACAUUAAAAAAGAAAAACUGUUGACUUUUA